UGUUGACGCAACAAACAGCUCGAUGCAACACAGUCGGUCGGUCGGAUGAAUCAGAUCAGAUGUAUGUUUCUGUCUGCUACACAUGUGAGCAAAAGGCUUCCCCCCCGCCCCACACACACACACACGCGUUAGGGAAUACACUGACGACACGUUGGCCGUCUGUACUGAACUGUUUUCUCGGCGGUCGAUCGACAAACACUGAUCCGAUGGACGACGGUGUCCCACACCCCAUGCAUCACAUCGCCUCGGAGUCUGUCUGUGCUUCCCUUCCUCAUCUCCCUAUCUCCUCCGUCCCUUGGUCACACACAGUAGCUAGCUAGUGGCCCAUCCAUCACUCCCUCACAGCUUGACCUCGAGCUGCAGCACCACCGGCGGCCCCAGACGCACACCUCUCUCAUCCCACCCACAGGCCUCCACGUACAGAUCCUCCUCAAGCAACUGCACGAGGGAGGGAGGGACAACCAAGCACAGCACUCACACACGGCCAUCAUUGAUUCGAUCUGUGUUAACUGACCCGACCCCUCGCCCGCCCUGCCCACGUUGGUACGGUGCGCAAGUACUUACGUAAGUACCUGUUUUGCCUGCACAGGCAGCACCCGCCUGGCGUCACACUGUGCGGCGGAGAGAGAGGCGCGACACACCGGCACCUUCAGGGUGGCGACGUGGCGCAGCGAGGGCGACGUGGCGCCUCCACUCCUCCUCGACUUGGCCAUAGCCCACACAUCGAACGUCGAGCUGCACCAAUGCCCAUAGGUCGCAACCUGAUGCACACACACACACACACACAGACACACACACACCAUACAGACAUACAGUCUGAUUGGUGCGGCCAUCCAUCCAAUGACCUGAGCCUCUGCCAUGGAGCGAGGGGCGGCCCCACCCACGACAGGGUGAGAGGAGGGGCCGUGUGUCCACCCAGGUUGCUCCUUGGCUCUCCUGCUGGCGUGUCCUGGCAGACCGUCUGUCGGCAUUGCCUUGGUCAGCCCAGCGGCCACAGUUGUGGGGGUCCUCUCCAUUGUGGCCCUCAAAUGCAACACGGGCAGCAAAUCACGUGCUCGCUGGACACACCAUCACCACCACACCAACCACACCAACCAUGCCAUGGAUGUGUGCGUGUGUCUACGUGUACCUGUGGGUCUUGACCUUUGCUUCCCACAUACCUGUCUGUCGGCGCUGCUGACGGUGGUGAUGCGGGCGGCGAGGCGGAUGGGCGGCGCGAGGCAGAAGAAGCGGGGCGGGAGAUGGUGAGGAAGGCUCAGCAGCCGCUGAAACACGCCGCACCAAUCCGACGCCUCGUGCAGCGACACUUGCUGCCACGUAAGUCACACACGUCAGCCAAUACACAUCAACACACACACUGCCAUGAGCAUGACAUACGCACACACACGUGUGUGUGUCUGUUCUGUGUGCACCUCACCGACCUGCAUGGUGUGUUUGUGCGUCCACCACUCCUGCAGCCGCACAGAGGUGGCGUAGCUGCACUCUCUGCUUCGGCGAUGGGUGCGUAGCAGGCAGUGGGCCGACAGGGCCAGCCGUAUCCAGUGGGUCAGGGCCGCUCGUGUGAGGGGGGAGUGCUGGUGACCCCACUCGCGAAGCCCCUGCAAUCUGCACACGCCCACAUAUAUAUCGAUCGACUCACGCAUGAAUGACAAACAGACACUCUGGCUGGCCACACCGACUCAUCCACUCCACACCUUGCGAUUUGCAGCUGCAGCUGUUUUAGUGUGGUCUUCCUCCUGCCCCUUCCCACGUCGCUGCCAUGUCCAUCGCCUGUCGCCCCCCCGUGUGUGUGAGCAGAGAAGGAUGGCGGCAUCUGGGCUCCCCACCCCGUCGGCCGACGAACCAGCGACAGCAGUGGCUUGGACGACGGUCGUCUGCUGCUGGACGAGGGCAGUGGGGCUGCCGAUAACUCUGUCCUCACAUGUGCGAAAGCUGAUUGACGGAGAGAGAGGGAUGAGGAGAAGACAAGACACACAUUGGAUGCAGGCCGUGCACGGCCGUGGACGCAUUUCUUUCUUGUUGGCUCUCACUCACCUCUCAUGAGUUCCAUGACUGCCUGCAGGUACGUCAGCUGGAACUCCAUGUCGAUGCUGCCUAGCGCGUCGGGGAAAGCGUGGCGUGUCUGCAUUGACUGCAUGGCCUCGAGGGACCUCAGCGCUCGACCAAGGGAGGACACACACGCUCUCUCGGCUGGCGAAGACACUGCGUCCCAUAAGGGGCCGUGGGCGAAGGCUGAGGUGAUGUCGGCCAGUGCAGUGAGCCACAACGAGGCCCACAACGGUGUCACCUGCAAGCAGGACAAUGGAGGGAAGCGGAAGUAAGGAAUGAGAGGAGCUCUCACGCCCCUCUCUCUCCCCACCCACCCUGUCGGCCAGAUGGAGGAAAGCAUUUGCACUCUCGUUGAAGGCACCGGCCGUGGCGCACACGACGGCGCACCGGUAGGCCUCCCAGUGGUUGUCGGCCUUGAUGGCGACCUCUAUCGCCCCCCUGCCCAUGUCCCUGCGCGCCUUCCGCUGACUGACCCCCAUGGCGACCCGCAGCUGGAGCGCCAGCAGGGGGGGCUGCAUGGGCACACGGAUCUUCUGCGGCAGACUGCUGGUCUUCUUGAUGAGCAGUGAGGGGGGUGUUGCUUGCACAUGGUGGUCCCCCACAGCCACGGUCACUGUGACCGUCUUGCCCUCCCUGUCGCCUCUUGCAACACCCAGGGCCGUCAGUAAGGUGACGAUGAGGCGAUACCGGGCACCUUCAUCGGCUUUUUCAGCCCUGCUUAUCGCCUCGAGCAACUUGACGGCUGAGAGGGCGGAGAAGGGGCACCCCGCUGCGUGCUGCCGUGCCCUCCGCACUGGUGUCAGGAACCAUCGCUGAAUCAGAGACAGCGUCUCCUCGGUGUCGUGGGAUUGCAGGACGUUUGUAAGCAGGUUGACUCGCGCCGAUUCUAAUCGUGUAUAGUAGUGAUCUGUGGUAGCUGAGGAUAGGUAAGCUCCGACAUGGGACCACUGCCGGCCCAGUGUGUUGAAGACCUCAGACCCUGCAGACCAGACCAGGGAGGGACACGCAGAGCAGAGAGAGACGCGAUACGUGGCGGCGUGCACCCCAUCUCAUCAAUGCCAUGCUCAUCUGACUGACUUACCAAGCUCGAGCGCGGCGAUCCGUUCGUCGAGCUGCUCGGCGGUAAGGUCCUCUUUGCCGUCGGUGUCGCCGAUCUCCCCCUCCUCGGCAUCCUGACCCUCCUGCGCAUCCAGCCAGCCGACCAGAUCACCCACCAUCCCCUCCAGACCGCUGCACACACUCCCAAGGCCGCCCUCAACCACGCCAUUAUGCAGCUUCCUCCGCUUGGUCUCCCCCCCCUUCCCCUCCCCACACACAUGCAUCUUCACAGUGGGCAGUGUGACGCCGUCACACAUGUCGUCGAGGAAUGUCAGGGGCCGCGACACGUCUAGUGCGGGAGCGUUGAGGGGCGUUUCUCUGCUAGCAGUGCUGCUGCAGCUGCUUUCGGACAGACAUGCAGACGAGAUCGCCCGGGCGAUGAAACGGUAGAAGUGUGCUGUAGCGACGGGGCCUGCAGAGAAGAGGUGACGGUGGCGCCAGAAUGUCCAGAGUGGGAGGUCGAUAAACAUUGGGGGCGAGGGGGACGAGGUGAGGCCCUUGAGCCACUCGUGGACUGAGGGAGGGCUAUCGGUGUGAGCUGAGAGGGAACACUCCAAGAAUGACAGCCGCAGCAGCGCAUCCAGCGACCUGCAGAGGCAUCAAUCAGACACGUUAAUUGGUUGGUGGAUGGGGUGGCUUGCUCGGCCGGCCGUGUCAAUUACUUGAGUGCCGGAAUGGCUAUUGAAGCGUAGAAGGCUGCGUAUGGGCUGUAGAGGUCCGCUGAUCUGACGGCCGGCAUGUGCACUAACAGCACCUGCAGCCACGCUACGAGCAAGCCCACCUGCAGGACACAAAACAGACAGACACAUCACGCUGGCUGGCAGGUUAAUUCCAGCCUGUCCAUUCCAGACGGCCCGCGUACGUACGUACCAGAGCGAAUGCGAGACAUGUGUUUGUCUCGGCCAUAGCUGUAGCGGCCUCCAUGGCCAUCGCCCCAGCCGUCGCCCACCACCUCACCUCCUCGCCAUCCUCACCACCAUCACGGCCCACCAGCUGCUUGAACCGCACCCCAGCGGCCGCCAGCCGCCUCACCGACGCACUGAAGAGUUUCGUCAAUGCACGCAUCGCCGCAGCGGCCUCGUGCUCAUUGUCCCGUGAUGACUGUCGGGGGGCCUGCUGGUCGGCGUAGGGAGCGAGGAAGGCAGAUGCGUCCGAUGUUCUAGAGGUUGCAGCAAAGCUGGUGAGGAUGGCGACCAGACGGCCGAUGAGGUGGGGGGCUUCGCGAGCCAUACGCAGCGCACAUUCGGGCUGCUGGUCGAGCACGCUGAUGAACCCAUCAAUCUGCAAAGAAGACAGACAGACAGACAGUCACCGAAAGAAGUUGACGGAUCACCCCUCCCUCCCCUCUCCACCCACACCUUUUCGACGACCGUGUCCGCCACGAUGCCCCGGACCUUCUGCGCCCUCACCAGCGCCUCAAGCGCAUCCAGUGCCCCCAGCUGCCGUCCGCCCGCUAGCCCAUCUCUCUGGCACACAUCGAUAUCUGCCAGCAGUUUCGUCACAAAUGCGGCCCUGGCGACCGGCUGGUCAGUCAGCAACUCGGGUUGCAAAGCCAGCAGAUGAUAAACCAGCGCAUUCUGCCAUGUGGCAGGCGCCUUGCCGCUCUCCUUCUUGCCCUCGUAGCCCUCCUCUCGCACGCACUCCGGCACCCGCAAGCGCUGCGCCUCAGUGAGAAGCCCCUCGAGGCGGCCCUCAGGCAAGCCGCUGAGUGCCAGGACGGGCAGGCAUUGCAACACGGGCGACGUGCCAGACAGCUGGGUCAGUGCAGAGUCCACCAGACACACCGCAGAGCCUCUCUGCGAGUCACGCUGAAUGUGUUGCAGGAGCUGGAUAAAGGCGGUACUUUUGGGGCCUGCAUGAGCAGUAGUCUGUAGCUGGGCAGUAAGAGCACUGACGCUCGCCUCACGAGGUGGCCCAGGCGGCAUCAGCCGCCGUCGCGCAAGAGUGGGGUCAACAGCGAGGGAGUUCAUUCGACGGAGAUGAUGGUAAGUGGAUCUGGGCAGUGAGAGAAAGCAGUGAUGAACGCGAUGGAAGCAUCAAUGCCUCACGACAGUGCCGCGAGGUGCCAGAUCUGGACCACUUCUGAUUUUUUCGCCAAACAGCGCAGUGAAGCACCGCGUGUGAGUCACCUUACUCCCUCAGAUUGUCAAUGGCAGGAGG